UCCUCCUCUGCCCGGCUCCCGCGUGUGUGCAACCGGGCGGGCGCCUCUGGGGCCUGCAAGCGGCCGGGAGCCGGGGCCCGCUCGCCCCCCGCGGAGCGUGCCCAUGUUCAGCUGCUGGCUCCUCCCCGCCUCGCUGGGCCGCUACGGGCGCGGGGGCUGCUGCUGCCGCCGCCUGCUCGCCGCAGCGGGGUGGGCUCGUCGGCUGAGCGGCGGCGGGGGGCCCUGCUGCGCUGCGCACGGGCCUGGGCAGCGCCGGCCGCGGCUGGGGGCCGCAGCUCCCCGCGGGCAGCCGUGGCGCUGGGCAAAUGAACUGGGUCGACACUCAGCUACAGAGGCCUCUCAAGCCACCUUAGCCAGUGUAGUCCCUGUGUUUGCAGUGAUGAAAUUUGACAAGGAAGGAAAUCUUACCUCUUUUGAAAGAAAGAAAACAGAAUUGUACCAGGAACUGGGUCUUCAAGCUCGAGAUCUACGAUUUCAGCAUCUAAUGAGCAUUGCAACUAGAAACAACAGGAUUAUCAUUAGAAUGGAGUUUUUGAAGGCUGUGGUAACACCAGAGUUUCUUCUGAUACUAGAUUAUCGCAAUUUAAAUAUGGAGCACUGGCUGUUCCAAGAACUUGCAUCUCAGCUGUCUGGAGAAGGUCAGCUAGUUACAUAUUCCUUGCCCUUUGAAUUUAGAGCCAUAGAAGCAAUACUGCAAUAUUGGAUCAGCAAUCUGCAAGGGAGACUUAACAUUUUGCAGCCUCAGAUCAUUGAGACGCUGGAAGCUCUAGUGGACCCCAAGCUACUGUCUGUGGAUAGAAGUAAAGUACACAUUUUGCUACAAAAUGGCAAGAGUUUGUCAGAAUUAGAAACAGAUCUUAAAGUUUUCAAAGAAACAAUCCUGGAAAUCUUAGAUGAAGAGGAAUUAAUAGAAGAGCUCUGUCUAACUAAAUGGACAGAUCCACAAGUAUUUGAGGAGAGCAUGUCUGGAAUUGACCAUGCAGAGGAAAUGGAGCUGCUGCUGGAGAAUUAUUACAGACAAGCCGAAGAUCUCGCUAAUGAAGCACGUGAACUCAGAGUAUUGAUUGAUGAUUCCGAAAGUAUCAUCUUCAUCAACCUGGACAGCCACCGUAAUGUGAUGAUGAGACUGAACUUACAGCUGACCAUGGGGACUUUUUCUCUCUCUCUUUUUGGACUGAUUGGAGUAGCCUUUGGUAUGAACUUGGAAUCCUCCUUUGAAGAGGACCACAGAGCAUUUUGGCUGGUGACAGGGAUUAUGUUUUUGGGAAGCGGCCUUAUCUGGCGGCGUUUGCUUUCAUUCCUUGGACGGCAUCUAGAACCUUCACUACCUCCUCAAGUGCCCACGUUGCUGAAAAAAACUCAUCCAACAGCUGGAAGAAUUGAAGUAAAAAAUGACCUUAAAACAGAAGCCUUUAUGUCAAGCAGAAGCACGCUGACAAAUCGAUAGAACCGGAGAAAGCAGCUGGCUUUUUUUUGUUACAUGGCGAACUGUACACACACUUGCACACCUGUUUUCCCUAUAGUAAAAAUUAAGAAUUUUUAAAGUCAUAGAAUGUCAAUCUAUAUCUUAUGCACAAAAAUGUUUUUAAAGUUGAUAUUUUAAUGGCACAAAAGUCAGUAAAUGCAGAGAGAAGAUUC